UGUGUUCCACCACCUUGCAGAAGAGAGGGGUGGUGAGUGUCCCCGGGGCUGGCACAGCACCUGUAGCUGGGCAUCUCACUGCCACACAGCCAAACCUCAGACACCGUACGGUGGGCACAGCCACGUUUGUGACCAUAUUCCACGAUGAGCCUAAGGGUAUUCUGGCUCUCGCAGACAGAAAACUAAUGGAAGUGAUGCUAAACCAGUGCCAUGUGUGUGCUUCUGCCUGGCCCUGCUUUGCCAGUGAAGCCGUGUGAUGCUCGUUGCAAUAAAGCAGAGAUACAGCUGUGCUUCUGACCCCACACCCUCCAGGAAAGAUGUUAUGGGCCGUGAUGAAGACACUGUAGCCUUCUCUAUAUUGUGCAGGCAGCAUUUUGUUGGGAAAACAGUGCUAUCUGGUAUUACAAUCACUGUGUUGUCUGGGAUAUGGUCUCAAGAAGUUUAAGAUCAGAUGAAACUACAGAAGAGAUGGCCAACGUCAAGACAGCGCGUGAACUGAUGAGAAACAGCAUUGUCUUCUGAAAACAUUAGGCUCCUAGUUGCUGGAAAUGCUAGGUGCCACUUGACUACCAAAAGAGUUAUGUGAUCAUUGAGCAGUUUGCAAGAAUGGAAAAGCAAAGGACCCCAGUAGCUGCAUCACACAAAUAAAAAUUUCCAAGAUUCAGCUGAAUCAAAAAAUUAUUCCAGCCAUGGGAGAAAAUGCAAGUUUUUGGGAAAGUCUGAUAUAUGCACAUCCUAUCUGCACCACCUGGAAGCAAGAGGCAGAGGGAUCUAUCUAUCACCUAGCCAGUAUUCUCUUUGUUGUUGGCUUCAUGGGUGGAAGUGGAUUCUUUGGGCUUCUCUAUGUCUUCAGCUUGCUUGGAUUGGGCUUUCUCUGCUCUUCUGUUUGGGCUUGGCUGGAUGUCUGUGCUGCUGACAUCUUCUCCUGGAAUUUUAUACUGUUCACUAUAUGUUUCGUCCAGUUCAUUUACGUUACCUACCAAGUGCGGAGUGUUUCCUUUGACAAAGAAUUCCAGGAACUCUACAGUGCUCUCUUCCAGCCUCUGGGAAUUUCCUUGACUGUCUACAGGAAGAUAGUCUUGUGCUGUGAUGCAGAAGUGGUUACCCUGGAGAAGGAGCACUGUUACGCCAUGCAGGGCAAAACACCUAUUGAUAAACUGUCCCUGCUUGUGUCAGGCAGGAUCAGAGUGACAGUUGAUGGGGAGUUUCUGCAUUAUAUUUUUCCUCUUCAAUUUCUGGAUUCUCCUGAAUGGGAUUCACUGAGGCCCACAGAAGAGGGAAUUUUCCAGGUAACGCUCACAGCAGAGACAGACUGUCGGUACGUGGCCUGGAGGAGAAAGAAGCUGUACCUGCUCUUUGCUAAACACCGUUUCAUCUCCCGCCUCUUCUCAAUUCUGAUUGGGAGCGACAUUGCUGAAAAACUCUAUGCCUUGAAUGACAGGGUGCAUGUGGGGAAGGGCUUUAGGUACGACAUUCGCUUACCCAACUUCUACCACGUCUCGCUGCCAGAGACCCCUCCGGUGCAGCCCUCCCACCGCCUACAGAGAGGGUCCCCCCGGCGCAAGCCCACGGGGGUUACAAACUGCAGCUCCUUCAGCACACACUCCUAGGAAGGAAGGAGGGAAGGAAGGACAAAUCUGCUGCAGCCAUUCCCCAAAACGAUGGAGGGAAAUGCAAAGUGAUGGUCCUGGUCUGAGGCAGAAGAGCAGGAAGGUGAAGCAGAACGAGACCCAGUCAAGCCACCCUUGACUGACAAGUGCCAUUUACUUUCAUUGGAGUAGCUUGAAUUCUUCCUCUCUCUAGAGCCAGCGGGUUGGCUUCUGCGUUUUGACCGUGCAAUAUGUUUAGUUUCUGUUGAUUCUUUUGUUGAUCAUCAUCCGCCUUACUUUUGGAGGCAAACAAACCAUAACAGGCUGGUUUAUUGUAAUUGUGGUGGCCUCCGUGUUGUGUUUUUUAAAAAAACAAACUCACGGUAUCUGUAAUUAUACUUUCUCAAAGUUAUUUGCCAUAAUGAAGUAUUGUCAGUAUAGUCAAUGAAAACAAGUAAGUUGUCUUCAAAAUAUAGCAACUUGCUCGCAACAUUCAUAGUUACGCCACGUGAACAUUGUCUCAAUUAACAUGAAGAAUGUUGCAGAGAAAGACUAAGAGACUGAUUGUGUUUGGUUUGUUUUAAAGAAAUUAAAGAUUUUGAAAAGCACAGCAAGAUUCUUAAGAACCAAAAAAAAGAAAACAACACAUUCUGUCCCAUGAGCAAUUGGUUUCUUUCCAGCUACCCUAAAGAGGUAUUUUGUGAAAACAAACGUAAAUGUAAGUGCUGGCAUUAGAAAAGUAAAGCAGUUGUAAGUGCUGCAAAUACAGCUUAGGGAAAUGACUGUGUAGUAUUCCUGAUAGAAUGUGAUGCUAUAAGACCUAGGCUUCCACAGUGUCAGUGCCAUUCGUGACAUGUACAAUAAAUACUGUUAAUCAAUCAACCGCCAAACCAUUGGAGUUUGUUUUACAAUAUCCUUUUUUAGCCAGGUUUGUCAAUAAGAAACUAAUUAAGAAACAGCAGCAGCAAUAAACACAAUUUUUAACCAAAACAUUCUUGUUUAGCUUCCAGAGUCACUUCUCUGUGGCUGUGAAAUUCUUGAUUUUAAAGGCAUUCUCUCCCUAACUCGUGGUGUUUUAAUGGCCUAAGGGAGCACCAGCUCGUGCUUCACUAGGAGAGAGUUGUUUUCAGCCCUUGAGGUCACGGUGCCUUUGGGGAGAAGUGGCUGGAUGUCUUUGCUAACUCACCUUCCUGCUGCUAUGCCUGAUGCCUGCCAGCAAUCAAAAAGGUAAGAAGCAUUACUUUUUUAUGAGACUGUAUUGCUGCUUGAUAGAUCUGGAGGUAGAUCACAUUUUUAAUAUUUUAAAAUUGCUGGACUGUUUGGUAGGACAACCGUUACGUUUUUGUGUAUGUGCGGGUGUAUGUAUGGGUUUAGAUCUCGGGAGUUGUUGCUGGAAGACUUAAAAUAAUGACACAACCUCAUGCUUGAAAAGUAAUCAUUCAGGAUGUAUAAGAAAGCUAUUAAAAGUGAUAUGAAACACCACCUGUUUGAAGGAGCUUCAGUGUAGAACAGAUGACAUUGUACAAGUUUUGCUUUUAGCUUUAUGUCCCUUGACAUAAAUGUGUUUAUGAAAUGUGAGCAUCCCCAAAUCCUGCUAAUAACCCUUCCGCACGAUGUAUUCUCUAUGUUUUACUUACUGUGUGAAGUCCCUGAGUCACGAAGCUGCUUUGACUGGGUCAAAAGAGAACUGGAAAAAAUGUUAGAGUUCAUUGGCAGCUAUAAACGACCAGCUCAGGAAAUAACGAAGGCACAAAGUGCCAGAGUCUGGCAGCGUGUAGUAAGACAUACAGCUGUGUGUGCCCUCUUCCUGUGCUUUUUGUGGUUAAGGGACAGGAUAGCAGGCUACCUCACCCCUUGGUAUGACUCGGCACUGGUAUUCCCAUCUAACUUCAGCGCUGUGGUUAGUAUCGCAUCUAAUUUGUUGGUGAUGCUCGGUGUCUGAGGUGGGUAAGAAGUGUGUCAUGUCUCGUGGAUGUGGUCACUUUGGCUUAGGCUCAGUAUUUAAUAAACUAAUAUGAUCAUCUUCACCUUCAAAAUAAGAUCAAGGAGUUUUGCCCACCUAAUUUCUGUAUCAAGCCUAUAUAUUCUGUUUAAACGAUAGCAUAUUGCUUAGAACAAUACCUCAGUGGAGUGGUGGGUGCUUCAUUGCAUACUUAAGUAAUUUUUACAUCUUUCUGACUGGUGUGUGCCUUAGUUUCAGCCUUGUUUCCAACCACCUCUGUGAUGCUUUUCUCUGCUGGAACUAGUUACUGUCAGAAAUCUCUACUAGGACGUGUCUGAGUCAAUAUCUGAACGUAGUCUUAGCUAAUCUUGUGUAGCUUUUGCUAAUGUGCUUUUUGGGCUUUGAGUCACUUUUUAAAAAUUGUUUCCAGUUUUCCAGCAUCUGUUUGAGUUAUUACUACAUUUCAGCUGUAGAAUUCAGGGCAUAUAUAUCUACAAAAAUAUAAGUAUUACACAAAAGGACGGGAAGCGAGACAGCCAGUGCUCUCCACCCCUGAUCUUUAAAUCUUGACAGCACUUCUAAAAUGUAAAAUAAUACAAUGUGAAAUAAUACAAUCUCUUAUGAUAUCUUAUAUACCCAGUCAUGAGAGAAUGGGGGUUGUUCAGCCUGGAGAAGAGAAGGCCCUGAGGAGACCUUGUUGUGGCCUUCCAGUUCUUGAAGGGCGCCUACAGGAGAGACAGGGACAGACUUUUUAGGGCCUGGUGUGAUGGGACAAGGGAUAAUGGAUUUAUGUGUUGUAAAUGAUUGAUGAAAAAGAUUGUUUUAUGCAGCUGCCUGUGAUAAUAGAGGUGGGACUGAGGCAGGCCAUCCUGGUCCUAAAUUUUCAAGAAUUAAUUGCCCUGCAACAAACCAGCAAAUGUGAUAGUGAUCAAAGUAAACUCAAUAAUGGAGAGAAUGAGGCAAACUGUAUAUAUAUAUAUGACCUCCACUAGGGUAAAGCUGGGAAGGCUGAAUACAUGCUUGGAUGAAAUUCUAUAGAUUAGCCACACUACGAAAAAGGCAUAUGCUUGCAGUAAUUAAAUAAUAAGUUGAUGCUACAUUUCCAGCAAAAAAGUGCUCUACAGUUUUUGAUUAUUGUAAAUGAUAAAUAGAAGAUGUAUUUGGGCUCAUGAAAAAUUGAAAUACAGUGUUGGACCGCUCAUAUCAACAGGUCUUGCAAACCAUGUGUUAAAAAUUAAAGAAAUCCAUAACUAUUUAGAUAGAAGAAAACUAUUCAAAUAGAAGAUGAAAAAAUUAAUAUCUGUUUGCUAAAUUCAGACAUUAACAGCUUAAAUAUUUUUCUUACUAUUCCUGUAAUAAUUGCAUGCAUAUUCUUCUGCCCUAAAGUGUUGCUGUAUAAUAGAUAUUUUUUACAGUACAGCAAAAUAAAUACCUUAUUAAGCUGAUUUGUUAAUCCCUCUUGAAAAUACUUUGAUUACAUUAAUAUGCAUAAAAAUAUAAUAGGUUCAGGGCUCCCAAGGGAAAACACCCUUUUGUUUUUCUGUCUAAUUCACGUUAACUUGCCUUUCUUGUAGAUUUUUGCGUGCUUGCAGUUUCUGCUCACUCUAUUUCUACUACAGUGUGAAUCAAAAGAGUUAAUUGAACUUCUCAUGUAAAUCAAGCCACUUCAUUCCCAUGAAUCAAACCAUGUAGGUGGAGCUUCAUCAGCAGGAGUGUGUAGGAGAAAGGCAACACAAGCACGUCAUCUGCGAGCCCUGGGACUUGGGGUCACGUCCCAAACCACGGCUGGCAAAGCCCUUCUAGAGGGUAGCUCGGCAGGUGGUUCUGCCAGCAGGUGGUAUGGACCCAGAUUGUCAUUCUACAAGCCAGAAACGUUGUUAAAUGUUGUCAUUGACUGGGAAAAAGAUGGGAGGCUCCCAAAAGCUUGUGGGACCAGAAGGAUUUUAUAGCAGUUGUUCUUCUGCUGUGGAUUCCCAGGCAAUUCUGUUCAAUUGUCAGCUCCACCACAGCUCCCAGUUUAAGGGAUCUGUGGUGUACUCUGGGGACAGGACUAUUUCCCUGCCUCAGUGGGUUUUGAAGAUAAAUGAUGAUAAAAGAUAGAUGAUUAGUAACUCAGACACUGAAGUCAUAUAAGUAAAUAAUUGCAAUAAAAUAGUGGCAAAUAACUA